AUGAGUGAUAGCACUUCGGACACCACCCACGAGGCAAUUUUGCAUAUUCCGAGGCAUCUCCACAUCCUCCUCCUUGCAGUGACCUUUGCAACUUUUGCGAUUGUACCUGUACCAGGGCAGACAAGCAUCGCACCCCUAGGUGUACGCUGCAUUGGCGCUCAGUUGAUGGUCACGGUGCCUCUUGAGUCGCGGGGGGGCGAGGCCAAAGAGGGUGAGGAGAAUGAAACUUCGAGUGUGGCUGGAAGUUUUAGUUUUGCAGCAUCACUACCUAGUGCACAGUAUGCCCAAAGUGUAGCGUCCCACAACGGUGCAGAAGGUGUACCGUUGGUUUUACCAGAGGUGACAGAGCAUGGUACUAGCAGCAUUCCAGUGCGGGGUGAACUGCAAAGAGAUUUGACUGUGCGCAAUGACAGAACUUCACAACAAAUUUUUGGUGCUACGUUGAUUUUGGCCAGAAAUGGAAAACCGGCGCCUCCUAUUCAGCUGGGACUGCCGAAGCUUGACUUGGUUUACGUUUUGUUUUGGCUGCCGGUGCUGGGGCGGUUGUCACACACUGGAGAUGCGCUGCAUGACACGACCUUGAGGAUGAGGCCCACUGCUGAAGGAGUAUACAACAUGGCUUUUGCAAAGAGGCGACUGAUGACAUCCAAACUGGCAAAGUCGGAUGAUGCAUUGCUGACCUCAGCUGUGAAGAAGCUGAGGAAUCUGGUGCCUUUUUGGCCUGAGGACAGCCGCUUGGGGAGAACCUUGUUGAGCUCAGCAGGGGCAGUUGUGGGAGAAGAUGUCUUACAACAAUCUCUGCGUGACUGCUUUGCUGGUAAAGCAGUUGCAACGCUUGUCAAGAGAGCCUCUGACUUCACCAGGUUUGCAGAAUUCCAAGUGACUUGCAACAAUGGGAGGCCGCUGAGCCCAUCGGAGCACGACUUGUACGCCUACCUGUGCCACUUGUGUCAACCAGGUGCAGGGGCGACGGCAGGUGAGUCCUUCAUAUCUGCUUGGAAGUUCAUGCAGCACACUGUGGGGGCUGGUGCAGGUGGGACGCCAGGCAUUAUCUCUGGGAGAGUCCGUGGGGCAUCCAAAGACCUGAUGGCGAAGCAGUGCAAGCUCCAACAAGCGCUGCUGUUGCCGGCAGAGGUUGUUUGGAAGCCGGUGAUAUCCCAAUUUCAACAUAUCGUUUUGGUGGAAUCUUCUGGCAGUGAGUACAAGACAGUUUCCUACUGGGUGAAGGACCUGCUGACCAUGACAGGCAUGUCUGAAAGUGAAGCUUCUCUAUACUCCACCUACUCUCUGAUGAGCUGGGCUGCCAAAUCAUCGACCUUUGGCUGGCAAGGGAGGUUGGUGCUGGGACACUAUUUGGAUGAGGAAACCAAAAGGGCUGUGGUGUACUUGAGGGAUGCCAUUGCUGCAGUGAUGGUGAAGGUCCUUGAGACACUGGAGACGAUACGGCAACAGAUUUUUGACCCAGACGCAAGUCGUGCCGAGAGGAGUGCAAUGGCAACCAAGCUUACUCAGCUCCCUGACAAUUUACCUGAGCAGAACGACAUGGAGUUCGAGCUGAGAAGGAAAUUGGUUUUCGACCAGGGAAAUAGCCAGGUGAUUGAGUCAGAUAUUGAAGAGGACAACAUAGUGGAGAAGCCCAUCAAGAUUCCAGGUGAGUCUGAAAUGCUGACAAUCGUGCUUUCCGCCCAUCGACCUGGACCAGUGUGUGGUGCACAAAUUAUCUGGGAUAGUGCAUGGAAAGGAGACGACCGAUAG